AUGAUGUAUCAAGCACACGAGCAAAAGUCCUUCCUCGGCUGGAUGCGCGAGACAGGCAACAUGUUCACAGGCGAUGAGUACCACCAGCGCUUCGGCAUCUGGUUAUCCAACAAGCGCCUCGUUCAGCAGCACAACGCCGCCAACGGUGGCUUCGUUCUUGCCAUGAACAAGCUUGCUCACCUUUCCCCAUCCGAGUACAAGGCACUCCUCGGUUUCAAGAAUGAAAAGAGAUCUGACAGAGUUAAGCCAAUCGCUUCCAACUACGUCGCUCCAGCUUCCAUCGACUGGCGUGAAAAGGGUGUUGUCAACCCAAUCAAGGACCAGGGCCAGUGCGGCUCUUGCUGGACAUUCUCCACAAUCCAGGCUAUGGAAUCCCAGUGGGCUGUUAAGCACACCAAGCUUUACUCCCUCUCCGAACAGAACCUUGUCGACUGCGUUACAACAUGCUAUGGCUGCAAUGGUGGUCUCAUGGAAUUAGCUUACGACUACGUCAAGACAUACCAGAAGGGCAAGUUCAUGACAGAAGCUGACUACCCAUACAAGGCUAUCGAUCAAUCCUGCAAGUUCAACGCUGCUAAGGUUGCUGAACCAACAGUUACAGGCUACAUCACAGUUACAGAAGGCGAUGAGAAGGAUCUUAUGAACAAGGUUGCUCAGUACGGUCCAGCUGCUAUCGCUAUCGAUGCUUCCCACUACUCAUUCCAGCUUUACUCCUCCGGCAUUUAUGAUGAAUCCUCCUGCUCCCCAGAAGGCCUCGAUCACGCUGUCGGCUGCGUCGGCUACGGUUCUGAGGGCUCAAAGAACUACUGGAUCGUUCGUAACUCCUGGGGCGUUUCUUGGGGUGAGAAGGGCUACAUCCGCAUGAUCAAGGACAAGAACAACCAGUGCGGUGAAGCCUCUGCUGCUUGCAUCCCAACAGUUUCAGCCUAA